AUGUCAGAAUUAACUAAUAAUGAUACACUUGCAAAAUAUCUAUCGGCGAGGAUAUUGAAGAUAACUACUAACAUCAACUUUUGUUUACAAAGGCGGCAAAUUCAUUAUGAUUAUUGCUUUCCAAUAUUUACAAAAUUUAGUAUAUGCUUCAAUUGCCACUUCUUCCAAUUUCUCACUUUCAGUAUCAAUAUAAUCAGUAUCUGUGCAUGCAUUUCUCAUGUUAAC